UUAUUUGGCUACUUGGGAGAGUGAAACUAACACCGCACACCAAAUCAGAGCAAAACAAAUCAAUGGAAGUCAGUGGCGGUGGUUGGUGGUGGCUCAGCCUCAUCAUUAUCCCUCUCUUCCUUCUCAAAUUCAUUUCCAGAAGAAGCCCAACCCUCCCUCCGGGACCCUUCAUCCUUCCCAUAAUCGGCACCAUCUUAUCCCUCCGCACAUCCAUCUCCGACCUCGAGCUCAUCCUCCGCAACCUCCACGUCAAGUACGGCCCCAUUGUCUCUCUCCGCAUCGGCUCCCGCCCCGCUGUAUUCAUCGCCGACCAUCACCUUGCCCACCAAGCCCUCAUCCACAACGGCGCCAUAUUCGCUGACCGCCCUUCCGCUCUCUCCACCACAAAAAUCUUCAACAGCAACCAGCUUAACAUCAGCUCCGUCAGGUACGGCCCAACCUGGCGCCUCCUCCGCCGCAACAUCACUUCCGAGAUCCUCCACCCUUCGCGGGUCAAGUCCUAUUCCCGCGCUCGCAAAUGGGUUCUCGAUAUUCUCCUCAAACGCCUGGAAUCCGAUGCUCAAAGCGCCGCCGAUGGUGUCCGCGUAAUGGAUCACUUCGUGUACGCCGUGUUUUGCCUCUUGGUCUUGAUGUGCUUCGGUGACAAGCUUGAGGAGUCGAAGAUCAAAGAAAUCGAGACCGUCCAACGUCGAAUGCUGCUGUCCUUCUCACGCUUCAACAUACACUAUUUCUGGCCCUGUCUGGCCAAAACUCUUUUCAGAAAGCGGUGGCGGGAGUUCUUGCAGCUCCGCCAUGACCAACGUGAGGUUUUGGUGCCCCUCAUCAAUUCCCGGAAGAAGGUUGAGGAAGCCAAGGUUUCUACCUGUGAUGAUGAUGAUGAUUUCGUGCUUUGCUAUGUGGAUACUUUACUGGGUCUGGAGCUACCAGAGGAGAAGAGGAAGCUUGAAAUCGGGGAUAUGGUGAGCUUGAGCUCCGAGUUUCUGAACGCUGGCACUGAUACCACCUCCACGGCACUGCAGUGGAUCAUGGCCAAUUUAGUGAAACAUCCCCAGAUUCAGGGAAAGCUGUAUGAGGAGAUAAAAGGGGUAGUAGGAAAUGAUGAUGGAAGAAGAGUGGAGAUUGAAGAAGAGGAUUUGCAGAAGAUGCCUUAUUUGAAAGCUUUGAUUUUAGAAGGGCUGAGGCGCCACCCGCCGUCGCACUUUGUGGUGCCGCACGCAGUGAGUGAGGAUGUUGUGGUGGGUGGACACGUGGUGCCGAAGAAGGGAAGCGUUAACUUCAUGGUGGCGGAGAUGGGAUGGGACCCCAAGGUGUGGGAGGAUCCCAUGGCGUUCAAGCCGGAGAGGUUUCUGGUUGGUGAUGAUAGUAAGGUUGAGUUUGAUAUAACUGGGAAUAGGGAGAUAAAGAUGAUGCCUUUUGGUGCAGGGAGGAGGAUAUGCCCUGCCUACGGUCUGGCCAUGCUUCAUUUGGAGUAUUUUGUGGCCAAUUUGGUUUGGAAGUUUGAGUGGAAUAAGGUUGGUGAAGUUGAUUUGUCCGAGGCACAGGAGUUCACCGUCGUCAUGAAAAAUCCAUUGCAUGCGCGCUUGACUCCCAGGCACUAGACUAGACCUUGUUAACUAUCUAUAUAUCUACUUGGUUUAAUUGUGUGUCUCUCGAGUUAAGUCAAAUGAUCAACUGAUUUAUAAAAAAUUUUAGGAUUAUGACUUUUGAAGUGCGGAAAUAGAAAAAUGAUGUAAUGCAAAAAAAAAAAAAAAUGCAUUAUAAUUGCUCUCAAUAUAUAUUUCUUUUUAUA